AUGCCCACCCACCACCACCCCUCCAUCCUCCCCGCAACACUCACCUCCCUCUCCACCCGCACCGCCCGCCUCCUCCGCGACCUAGACGACCUCACAACCUACAACACCGAGACGGUGGCCCGCUACGAGCGCCACGCAGCACGCGACGACCUCUUCGCAGAGAAGAAGCUCCACAUCCGCGUCGGCCUCGCAAACUACUCCAGAAAGUCCAUCUUCACCCGCGAAGCUGCCCUUGCGAAAGAGAUGGCGGAGGUCCAGCGCGCGGUGGCGAAUCCGGGUGCGCUGGAGAAGCGCCUCAAGGAGGUGGUGGCGCAGGUGGGUGAUAUGAGGGCCGCCGUGAGGGGGUAUUUUAGUGUGCAGGUGUUUCCGGCGGAGGUGCUGAGGGCGUUGGAGGUUUAG